UACCGUGCUCUCCUGCUUCGUAGAUUUUCAACAAUAAUUCUUCCAGGAAAUCUACGAUAUAUUUUUUGGCUUCGGCGUAUUGCGAAUCUACUAAAAGAAGAAGAAGCAGUGUUGGAUAUUUACUUGGCGACCCACAGCCAUAUUUCACAAACACAAGAAUGGACCAUAUUAAAUAUUUCAGUGGUAAAUUCGCUAGCUCCUCUAACGGAAGGCCAACAAACGAAUACAGCUAAUUCUAGUACGAAAACUUCUAUAUACCGCCGAUGUGGUCGUCUUUCACACGCACCUAUAGCUUUAAGAAAAAAAAUCAUUUUAGUGACAAAAGUAAACUGGUGUCCGCACGAAACUAACUUUUUUAAAAGUGAAAUAGUGGUCAACUGAAAUUUUAAAACGAUCCCAUCAACUUAUUGGAAACAGUGCAACAUUGAAACCACAGAUUUAUAUGUGCAUACAAAUGUAUGUAGACAGAAGGUAACUGCAAACACGUUGGCGUAAAAACAAGUAAAAUUUAGUUCAAAAAACGGUUGUCAAACCUUUACUGCAGAAAAUACUCAAAUGGAUGAAAGAGUGAAUGAUGGUGUUCAUAAAAUAAAAGUUUCUUAAAACUUAUUUUAGCAAAGAGAGAUGAAUGAAAAGAAAAUCAGAAGUUCUUGACCACCAACAUAAUUGACAACGCCAGUCGAAUAUAUACUUAGGUUCGAUUUAAGGACUAAGAAAUUUCACCUGUAUAAUAUACACGACAUAUUUCUGUAAAUUACUUCUAGCUAGAAACUCGACUUGUUGUGAAAAUAUUGUGGCAAUUCCAGUAUAUCCCAACUCGCCUAUCAAUUACUGAGUGUUUCAGCAUUGUUUUUAAAAAUAUUAUAUAAAUAUAUAACUAACCACUGAUAUUUUACUGCCGAAAUAGAUUUUCUUAAGUGUGCCAUCGCGAUGGCUGCCCCAGCAGCCUGUACGCGCUUUUCCGACAAUUAUGAAAUUAAGGAAGAACUGGGAAAGGGCGCAUUCUCAGUUGUUAAACGAUGUGUUCAAAAGUCGACACAGUUUGAGUUCGCUGCAAAAAUCAUCAACACUAAGAAACUCACCGCAAGAGAUUUUCAGAAAUUAGAACGAGAAGCAAGAAUUUGCAGAAAGCUUCACCAUCCUAAUAUCGUCAGAUUGCAUGAUAGCAUACAGGAAGAAAACUACCAUUAUCUGGUUUUUGAUCUUGUUACUGGUGGCGAACUGUUCGAAGAUAUUGUUGCGCGCGAAUUUUAUUCAGAGGCAGAUGCUUCGCAUUGCAUUCAACAAAUCCUGGAGUCGGUUAACCAUUGCCAUCAGAAUGGCGUGGUUCAUCGUGAUCUGAAACCAGAAAAUUUACUAUUAGCUAGUAAAGCCAAGGGUGCAGCUGUAAAACUCGCCGACUUUGGCUUAGCCAUUGAAGUUCAGGGCGACCAUCAGGCAUGGUUUGGUUUUGCUGGCACCCCUGGCUACUUAUCGCCGGAGGUGCUAAAAAAGGAGCCAUAUGGCAAAUCUGUAGAUAUAUGGGCAUGUGGAGUUAUUUUAUACAUUUUGCUAGUGGGUUACCCACCCUUUUGGGAUGAGGACCAACACCGUCUUUAUUCUCAGAUAAAGGCUGGCGCUUAUGAUUACCCUUCACCAGAAUGGGAUACAGUGACUCCAGAAGCAAAGAAUUUAAUAAAUCAAAUGCUUACGGUCAAUCCAAAUAAAAGAAUAACCGCUGCGGAAGCGCUGAAGCACCCAUGGAUAUGCCAAAGAGAACGCGUGGCUUCAGUGGUACAUCGGCAAGAGACUGUUGACUGUCUCAAGAAAUUCAAUGCUCGUCGUAAGCUUAAGGGCGCUAUUCUUACUACCAUGCUAGCAACUAGGAAUUUUUCAAGUAGGAGUAUGAUCACCAAGAAAGGUGAAGGAUCCCAAGUUAAAGAGUCAACAGACUCCUCGAGUACGACUUUAGAAGAUGACGACGUAAAGGAGGAUAAAAAAGGGAUUGUUGAUCGCAGCACAACUGUCAUUUCAAAAGAACCUGAAGAAAUAAGGAUUAUCUGUCCAGCGAAAACUUGUCAACAAAUGUCAUCUAAUUCUCAAUGCUCAGCAGCAAGACGCCAGGAGAUAAUUAAAAUCACUGAACAGCUAAUUGAGGCUAUAAAUAGUGGUGAUUUCGAUGGAUACACAAAAAUUUGUGAUCCUCAUUUGACUGCAUUUGAGCCCGAAGCUCUAGGAAAUCUUGUCGAAGGAAUUGAUUUCCAUAAGUUUUAUUUUGAAAACGUAUUGGGAAAAAAUUGCAAGGCAAUCAACACUACAAUUCUGAAUCCUCAUGUUCAUUUGCUAGGAGAAGAUGCUGCAUGUAUUGCUUAUGUACGCCUUACGCAAUACAUAGAUAAACAAGGACACGCACAUACGCACCAGUCGGAGGAGACAAGAGUGUGGCAUAAGCGAGACAGUAAGUGGCAAAAUGUACAUUUUCACCGCAGCGCAUCGGGUAAAAUUAGUGGUGCAACAACAUUUGAUUUUAUCCAACAACAAAAGUAGAAUGUUUAUGUUUUAAGACGAUGAAAACAGCAAUAAGUAGCACAACGUAGCUGACCGGCUGAAAUAGAUAAAUAUAAACAUGCAUACAUAAUAAUAAAAGCUGCAGAGCUGGCCAACAACACCAAUAAUUCAAAACAAUUAUAUCAUUAUCAAUCAAACCGAAAAAAUUGCAAUAUCAAAUUUAUUAGCACCGUUAUUUACUUCUUAAAAUAAAUGAUAAUUGUUUUAAUCGAGUUAUAAAAUCCACGAAGAAUGUUUAAUGCGAAUAAGUGAACUGCUAUUACGAGGAAACAUUUUGUUUGAUUGAUCAAAAACCACAUCAAACUUUCAAAAAUAGUAAUGUAAUUGAUUCAGUAAUAUUUAUGUACGUUAUAACUUUUCAAUAACGUUUGAAAGCUGCCGGUGCUUUAGAAACAUUUAAAGAUUAAAUGCAAACGUCAUCUAAUCUUUUCUUAAAUAAACACAGAAAAUAAAGCAAAAUUUGGUCAUUUACUUACACACAAUAUUCAUUCAUAAGCAAAAGAAAAGAAGUCUAAUAAGCGCCAAAAAAA